UCUGCAGUCAGUAAAGCACUGGAGUUAAAAACAUAAAAAACACAAAACAAAUGGGGAUCAUAAUGUCAGUCAUUUAAAAAAGGAUGGACUUAACGGAUGUAUUGUCGUCCGUAAUGGCCACAAUGCCGGCCACAAUGCCGGCCACUUUACCACCAAACUCUUCCUUGGAGAACGUCAACCAGACGUCCUCUUCCUCGCCGAGAUCUCCUCCUCUACCUCCUCACUCACAGGUGGCGUCAGUGUUAAUUGUGCUGGUGGUCACAGUCAUCAUCCUGGGGACAGUGGUGGGUAACGUGCUGGUCGUGGUGGCGGUGUUUACCAGCCGAGCCCUGAGGGCACCUCAAAACCUCUUCCUGGUGUCUCUGGCUUCAGCGGACAUACUGGUGGCAACACUGGUCAUCCCUUUCUCCUUGGCUAAUGAGAUCAUGGGCUACUGGUACUUUGGUUCCACCUGGUGCUCCUUCUACCUGGCUCUGGAUGUCCUCUUUUGCACCUCCUCCAUCGUCCACCUCUGUGCCAUCAGCCUCGACCGCUACUGGUCCGUCACUAAGGCGGUGAGCUACAACCGCAAGCGGACGCCCAAACGGAUUAAAUCGAUGAUCAGCGUCGUGUGGCUCAUAUCCAUCGUCAUCUCCUCCCCGCCGCUCCUCAUGACGCAGAAAGACGAGGAUCUGGAGACGGAGAAGGAGAGCGGCGUGCGGCGGCAAGAGUGUCUCCUCAUGAACCAGACAUGGUACAUCCUCUCCUCCUGCCUCGUGUCCUUCUUCGCGCCGGGAGUCAUCAUGAUACUCGUUUAUUGUAAGAUCUACCGCGUCGCCAAACAGCGAGCCUCCACCGUGUUCGUGGCGAAGAACGUGGUGGAGCGGCAGCCAUCGCAGUCCGAGACCUGCUUCGAGGGCACUGCCAGGACUUGCCACAGAAAGGGAACCGGCUGCGGUAAAUCCCAGUACGAGCUGGACAGCCCGCUGCCGGCGAACCGCCACAGCUCGUCCAACGUGGACAGCAACAGCAGCGGCCUCAGGAGAGGAGAGCUGGACGAUAUCGACCUGGAGGAGAAGAGCUGUGAAGCGGACACAAAAACGUCCUCCUCGUUUUCCUCCGCUCUUCGCUUUCCCAGGAGGACCGGCGGAAGCGUGAAAAGGGAGGAGGGGAAGGACUCAGAGGGAUCCACAAACCGACUGAAGCCUCCUCCUGCUCCUCCUUCCUGCGCCUCCAUAUCGUGGGCCUCCUCCGACCACUGCUCCCACCACUUCCUCCUCCCGUCCCCAGUGCCUCUCCGUAGCAAGCAGAUGUCUCUGUCCAAAACUAAAGUGGCACAAAUGAGGGAGAAGCGCUUCACGUUCGUCCUGGCCGUGGUGAUGGGGGUGUUCGUCCUCUGCUGGUUCCCGUUCUUCUUCACUUACAGCCUCCACGCCGUCUGCAGGGAGAACUGCACGAUCCCCGACACGCUCUUCAACCUGUUCUUCUGGAUCGGAUACUGCAACAGCUGCCUGAACCCCAUUAUAUACACAAUCUUUAACCGAGACUUCAGGAGGGCCUUCAAGAAGAUUUUAUUCGAGACUCAUAAACGAACUUAA